GGUGGUCUUCAAGGAUUGCAUAAUAUUCAUGGAAGCUUCAACCUGCCAAAUGUGCCUGGUUCGCUUGCAUCCAAAGAGGCCGCAAUGGGUGUUGUACCAUCAGGUGGUGUUCAGCAACCAGGAGGAAGCAUUCCUAGUGGACGGUUCUCAUCAAACAAUCUUUUGGUUGCAUUAUCUCAGAUGCCUCAUGGCUCUGGUGUCACAAAUAGAAGGGGGUAUUAAUGUUGUUGGAAAUCAUGCUUUUGGUAGUAGUAAUAUUAAUGGAGUCACUGGGUCAAUAACUGGUAUUUCCUCAAGUUCAGCUUCUGGGAAUCAUAGUUCUGUUCCUGGUUUGGGAGUUUCUCCAGUAUUGGGUAAUGUAGGGCCAAGACUUACAAGCUUUGUAGGCAAGAUUGUUGGCAGUGGUAACAUGGGAAGAAGCAUCAGUUUUGGAGGAUUGUCUGUGCCCGGUUUAGCUUCACGGGUAAACUUAGCUACUAUGCACAGAGCAAGAAGGAUAACGUUGGCACCAAUAACAAACAUAUUUGUAUAUCUGUGA